GGCAGCACUGAUUGGCAUUGGUAGGUGGCACUGACUGGCACUGAUGGGUGGCAUUGAAAGGCAGCUCAGAUGGGCACUGAUAUGUGGCAUUGAUGUGCACUGGUAUGCACUGAUAUGUGGCAUUGAUGUGGCACUGAUGGGCACUGGCAUGUGGCACUGAUGGGCACUGGCAGGUGGCACUUCUGGGGCCACACUGAUCAUCAGGGCACACUGAUCAUCAGUGCCCUGCGGCUCUCCUCUCGAGCUGUCAGCGUGACAGCUCGAGAGGAGAGAAAUGCCAGUAACUGGCAU